ACUAGAAAGUUUAUUGAUGUAACUGAUCUCAUUAACAGAUUUAAAGAAUACCCAUAUGAUCAUCUUAAUAGAUGCAGGAAAAUCAUGCAAUAAAAUACCUAUUUAUGAUAACUGCUAAUAUUUUAUUUGUGCUUUUCCUUAAAAAUGCAGCGUUUUUAGGAAUUAAAGUUCAGAGCAGCAAAAGUCAAACAAAAACCAAGUCUGAGCAAUAGAGCUACUACAAUGCCCAUCACAGUCUUUGCUCAGAAGACUACCUAAGGUCAUGUUCAGCUCUAUGUUUCUGUGACCACAAAUAGCAUCUUUGGCAAAUCUGGUUUCAGUUGGUCUUUGUCCAGCUCCUGGAUUCCAUGCAGGGCCUGAGAAACCCUCAAGGAUAAAAGAUUAAUCCGGUCCAGUGGACUCCGUGGUUCCUCAACUCCAAGUGCCCCCACCAUAGGUGGGACCUGCCUCUCACGCAUAGGAUCCCUGGCGGCAACCCGAGACCGGUUCAGACCGGUUCUCCUACCCGCAUUCCGCCGAGUCUCUCGCUCUGCCCAGGACGCACAGAUGAGAGCGCUCAGCAGACUGAGAUGAGCUUGGGGUUUAGCUUAGUGAGGAGUGAACAGCUUUUCAGCCGCAGUGCUGCGGAGGAGGCGGAUGGAGGAUGAACUGGAGCCGUCCUUACGGCCUCCGACGCAGAUUCAGGGCAGGAUCCUGCUCCUGACCAUCUGUGCUGCUGGCAUUGGUGGGACUUUUCAGUUUGGCUAUAACCUGUCUAUCAUCAAUGCCCCGACCUCGCACAUUCAGGAAUUCACCAAUGAGACGUGGCAGGCGCGUACUGGAGAGCCACUGCCUGACCACCUAAUUCUACUUAUGUGGUCCCUCAUCGUGUCUCUGUACCCCCUAGGAGGCCUCUUUGGAGCACUGCUUGCAGGUCCCUUGGCCAUCACGCUGGGAAGGAAGAAGUCCCUCCUGGUGAAUAACAUCUUUGUGGUGUUGGCAGCGAUUCUGUUUGGAUUCAGCCGCAAAGCAGGCUCCUUUGAGAUGAUCAUGCUGGGAAGACUGCUUGUGGGAGUCAGUGCAGGCGUGAGCAUGAAUAUCCAGCCCAUGUACCUGGGGGAGAGCGCCCCUAAGGAGCUCCGAGGAGCUGUGGCCAUGAGCUCAGCCAUCUUUACCGCUCUGGGGAUCGUGAUGGGACAGGUGGUCGGACUCAGGGAGCUUCUAGGUGACCCUCAGGCCUGGCCUCUGCUGCUGGCCAGCUGCCUGGUGCCCGGGGUGCUGCAGCUCGCCUCCCUGCCUCUGCUCCCCGAAAGCCCACGCUACCUCCUCAUUGACUGUGGAGACACCGAGGCCUGCCUGGCAGCACUACGGCGACUGCGGGGCUCAGGGGACUUGGCAAGGGAGCUGGAGGAGCUGGAGGAGGAGCGUGCUGCCUGCCAGGGCUGCCGUGCCCGGCGCCCAUGGGAGCUGUUCCAGCAUCGGGCCCUGAGGAGACAGGUGACAAGCCUCGUGGUGCUGGGCAGUGCCAUGGAGCUCUGCGGGAAUGACUUGAUGUACGCCUACGCCUCCUCCGUGUUCCAGAAAGCAGGAGUGCCAGAAGCGAAAGUCCAGUAUGCCACCAUCGGGACUGGGAGCUGCGAGCUGCUCAUGGCGAUUGUUAGUUGUGUGGCAGUCGAGAGGAUGGGUCGGCGCGUGCUGCUCAUCGGUGGGUACAGCCUGAUGGCCUGCUGGGGGAGCAUCUUCACUGUGGCCCUGUGCCUGCAGAGCUCGUUCCCCUGGACACUCUACCUGGCCGUGGCCUGCAUCUUUGCCUCCAUCCUCAGCUUUGGCAUUGGCCCUGCUGGGGUGACAGGGAUCCUGGCCACAGAGCUGUUUGACCAGAUGGCCAGGCCCGCUGCCUGCAUGGUCUGCGGGGCGCUCAUGUGGAUCAUGCUCUUCUUGGUCAGCCUGGGAUUUCCCUUCAUCAUGGAGGCCUUGUCCCACUUUCUCUAUGUCCCUUUCCUUGGUGUCUGUGUCUGUGGGGCCAUCUACACUGGCCUGUUCCUUCCUGAGACCAAAGGCAAGACCCUCCAAGAGAUCUCCGAAGAAUUACACAGACUCAACUUCCCGAGGCGGGCCCAGGGCCCCACGUGGAGGAGCCCGGAAGUUAUCCAGUCGACAGAACUCUAGUCCCAAAGGGGUGACCAGGGGCCAAAGCCAGCUGCUGUCCUGUCCUCUGCUUCCUGCCAGGGCCCUGGUCCUCACUCCCUCCUGCAUUCCUUUGUUUAAGGAGUGUUUAUUGAGCACCCGUUGUGUGCAGACAUGGCUCCAGGUGCUUAGCAAUCAGUGGUGAGAGUGGUGUUCCAGGCUAAAGGUAAUUAACUGACAGAAAAUCAGUAACAACAUAAUUACAGGCUGGUUGUGGCAGCUCAUGACUGUAAUCCCAGCACUUUGGGAGGCCAAGGUGGGAGGAUCAAUUGAGGCCAGAGUUUGAAACCAGCCUGGGUAACAUAGUGAGACCCUCUAUCUCUACAAAAAAAUUAAAAAAUGAGCUGGGCAUGGUGGUAUGUGCUAACAGCUCUAGCUACUCAGGAGGCUGAGGCAGCAGGAUCACUUGAGUCCAAGAGUUCAAGGUAGCAGUAAACUGCGAUCACACCACUGCAUGCCAGGCCGGGUGACAGAGGGAGACUUCAUCUCUUUAAAACGUAAUAAUUACAGACUCAGGAAAUGCAGUGAAAGAAAAAUACAGGUUGGCCAGGCAAAGUGGCUGGAUGCCUGUAAUCCCAGCACUUUGGGAGGCCAAGGCAGGAGGAUCGCUUUGAGACUAAGAGUUUGAGACCAGCCUGGGCCACACAGUAAGAUCCUGUUUCUACCAAAAAA